UUAUAUCCCUGACGUCAUUGGGUUGCAGUGAUGGCGAUGAAUCUUCAAGCUUCAUGCACAUGGCUGACUCGGACUCGUGGGCGUGGUAAGGGGGUGCGCACUGCGUUACGACUACUCAGUGUCUGCCCCUUACCCUCUGGCUUGCUCUUUGUACGACAAUGACAGUCUCUACAUUCUCAGCGGCAGUGCAUAUCACUCCAACUGUUAUCAAGACCCUUUAUACCCACGGAAAACGGAAAUCAAGGAAGCUGAAGGACAAAGAUGGGCAACAAGAGGCCACCGAUGACAUUUUCUUUGAUGAAGCGUUUCACAUCGUUAAAUCCUUCAUUCUUCUGGGCACAAAGAAUACCGUGGAAUCUCUCCAAGCAUUCACAAAUACUCAUGUACCUGCUCCGCCUUGGACCGCUGUUGCCCCUGUGCGCGUCCCGCUGCAUUCAUGCAACCAGGCGGCAGACCUCCUGACACAAUGGUUUGGGCCCGAAGACCUUAAACGCGUUGUCGGAGGUGAAAAGUGGUGGCAAGUGCGUGGUUUAGACGGGAUUGAUGCUGAGUGGAUUGCCGAGAAGUCAUAUUUGCGGCCUGAAAGUGUUCACAUAGAUGCUGGGAGGGAGUACAGUGAAGAGGAAAAACUUGUAAUAUCGAUGGAGCAUUUAGAGACCACCAUGCUUUACAUUCAUGGAGGUGGAUACUUUUGGGGCUCAAUCAAUACCCAUCGUUAUCAAAUCAUCAAAUACGCACGUAAAAUUGGGGGGCGGGCGUUUAGCGUCAAUUACCGAAAGGCUCCACAAUACCCAUGGCCAUGCCCUCUACACGACGUCCUCGCAGCAUAUCUCUACUUGAUUCAGCCACCCCCUGGCGCUGUCCAUAAACCCAUUCCUGCUUCAAAAAUCGUCCUCGCUGGCGAUUCAGCAGGUGGCGCAUUAUGUCUCACAAUGCUCACUGUACUGCGGGAUUUGGGUCAACCGUUGCCGGCGGGAGCAGUACUCAUCAGUCCGUGGGUAGAUUUGACACACAGCUUUCCUAGUAUUCAUACGAAUACGGCCACGGAUAUCAUACCUCCUCAUGGGUUCAUCAACAAACCCUCUGUGUUGUGGCCAGUGGAUCCAAUCAAGGAAGGGGGGCGCGUUAGUCGCGCACGUUCCGAUCCACAGCCGAAGCUAUGUCAUACGCACACUCCUUGUGCUGAUAGAAAUGUUGCAACAGACACUGCCCAGGUUCCUCCCAAUGAUACUGAGAAGCUCGGUGAUUGUAUGCCUGCUGGUUCCAAGCAGGAAACAUCAAGUAGCCCCGCGUCAGGCGUUCCCGUGAAAUCUCAGGAGAGAGCUCCGGUUCUCGAUCGAGGGAAGGAUUAUAUCGCUGGCAGAAGACACGAGCGAGACCAGGACAAAAACAGAAACCGAACUUAUACGAUGCUUAUGGAUGAUCUUGCCGGAAACACUGGGCACAGACCUGGCUUGGAUUCAAUCCCUAAUCUAGAUGACAUUGAAUAUUGGCAGCCCAACCCCCCGAAGGUGCUCAUGAAAAAUCCUGGAGAUGUUCCGUUGGAAGUACGGUCACAGAUCCAGCACUAUGCUACCACAGAGCAAUUGUCGCAUCCGCUAGUCUCACCGGUUCUUCAAGCUUCGUUAGGCAACCUCUGCCCGCUGUACAUUUUAGCAGGCGAUGGGGAAGUGCUUCGCGACGAAAUCAUAUAUCUAGCGCAUAAGGCGGCCAACCCAGCUGAGUACCCUGUACGAGAGGGUGUCCUCAGAGACGGAUCGAGGCAGAAAGAGAAUGCGCGUAAAUUUUCUGCGCCCACUAAGGUCCAUCUCCAGGUGUAUGAUGGAAUGUGUCAUGUUUUGACAGUCUUCAGCUUCACGAGCAGUGCAGACUAUGCUUAUCAUUCUAUUGCGGAAUUUGCGAAACAUGUCACUCAAUGUUCGGCAGAGCACCUUGACAGAAAUCCGUUUCCUGACUCGCGUCGACCAUUAACGGAACCCAAGCCCAAGACAUGCUCCGUUGACAAAGCGUUGAUGAGAAAAGAUUCAGCGAAGGAGAAGUUCAAGUCCUCGCCGCAACUCUUACCUAUAGCUUUGGGGCACUCACCAGAAUCUGCGGAAGAGUCGCGCAUCCUCGUUCACGUGGAGAAUGAAGGGCAAACAACACAAGAAGUCGAACCCGGGGAGGUCAAGCGGCAAACACCAGGACCUGAUGCACCGUUGCACGCCAUGAGUGACUGUUCGGGAGACACGCUAAUGAUUCGCGAGCGCGUGGAUAUCCAUGGUCGAGUUCGCUCUAUGGAGCCGAAAGAGGCUAUUCCAGCUCUGCAGCUUAGACCAUCAGAGAUUGGCAUUAUUAAGGAAGAGACUCUUUUCAAGUGGCUGGAAGGCCAAGAGGAGUGGGACAGGCGUUUCAAGUACCGCGCAACCAAGGUAAUGAAGAAAAGGAAGGCUUUCGAAGCGAUGUCCAACUCGAUUAUUAAGAACGCAAGGCAACGGGGCCUCCUACUGGCGGGAGAGAGCAAUGAUCUUGUUGAGAGGCUGACAGUUGGGGGAUCGAGUUCUGCACAUGGGCUCAUUCAAGAGGAUCGAAGAUGGGGGCCGCUAGACCUGGGGGACGAGCGGCCGCCACCUACAGCGAUUGCUGCGAGACGAGACACGCGAGAAGCGCUUGCUCUGCUUAAGAAGAGCAUUUACCACACGGCGCCGGCCACACACAAGACUAUUCCGAGAGUGAAAACAGUUAUCCCCGCCGCUUUUAAUCCCAAUGAUGCCCCAUUCCGACCACCUAGACAGUCGGUCUCAGAGCAGCAGGUACACAGUGGUAUGCGGUACAUUCACGGACUGAGGAUGUGGCAGUCCAUUGUGAGCUACGUUGCGCGCAAGGCUGCUGUGAAAGUCGUGGAGGACACGCGACGCGUAGGAAAUGGACUUAUGGAGGUUGGAGAUAAGGCUGCUAGCACUGUGAAGGACACAGUAGGCAGUGGAGAGGAGUGCAGGGUUGAUGAUCGCGUUGAGUAAUAGGGACAACACAUGUUCACCAAUCUCCCAUAGAGAACCGUUCUACUAAGUACUUAUGGGGAGGCGUGAGAAGGCUUGGCUUAAGUAAGCGCCAUGUGUUUGUCGCACUUUU